AGCCUCUGUGGACAAACAGGGAUGGGACGAUUAGCAAGAAGAGCCCUGACAAAGGGAGGCCCACAAGGGUGAAGACUCUGUAUCAGACUAGGUCAGGAGGAAGCGGGGAAUAAUCCUCAUGGAUACAGCCAGGGGAGUCAGAGGAUUAAGUCAGGGCCUAUCAUAGCACCUGAUACAAAGUAGCCCCCCGUGAAGGUGGAAUCAAUGAACUCGGAGGGUGAUGUGCGAUGUUUGUCUGCACAUCCUCGCCUUUGACUGCAGUUUUUCAUUCAGCCACCAGAGGGCAGAGCUGACCCAUACAUUCCUCGUGGGAUCGAGGCCAGGCUCCCUCUUGUGAGUUCUAUUGGGGAUGAUAAGCCUCAGAACUCAGGGAGCACCGUUCCUCUCUGUAGGUACGGAAGCCAUUCACAGCCCCUGAGAGGUCAGAACCCUUUUCUCAACAUUCCCUCUCUCUGGAACAAAAAAGUCCAGUUGAGGCAAAUGUUCCUGCGCCAGUCUGAUCAGAUUUCUCAGGGCUUUGGUGUGCCUGUGCCCCCCUCUCAUCCCAGGGAGUACCCCCUUCUUUCUCCUUUGUUAGGGGUGUACUGUUCUGGGGGUGGGGAAGGAUUAUGCACAUGAGAGACUGACCCUCAGGUUCUUCAGGAAACCAGGGGGGACACAGAUGCCAUCCAACAUUUGUGUCUGCUCUCAAGUGGAACUUAGAAGGGAAUGGGAAUUCCUGAUCAAGGACACUGAAGCCCCGGGCCCAGGCGCCAUCUCCCACCCUGCGGCGAGCCAGGCCUCAGGGGCACAGCUGGGAACCGCGGGCUUCCUGAGUGAGGAUUCUCCCCAGGGUCAUGAGAGUCUGAGGCACAGGCAGCAGCAUUUGUGGCACUGUGUCCUACCACUCCCUGGCCUUUUGUGACAUGUACCAGCCUGGGUCUCCUUCCCCCCGUGGGCCCCUCUAUUCCUCCCAUGUGUCUCUCCCAAUCUGGCUAACUCUCCUUGGUUCUCCGGGGUGGACCUCAAGCUGUGUGCCACCGCUCUCUGCUGGUCUCUCAGUUCCCUCUGCAUUCGCAGGGUGCGCUUGCGUCCUUGUGGGUCUCUGUGAUUAGUCACCUGCUCCCUUCCCUGGUUCAUGUUUAUCCGAGACACUCAUCCUCAGGUUACCCUUCCACACUUCACAGGCAGAGGCUCUUUCUCCUCCAGCUUCAGUAUCCCUGUUGCUCCUUGGACCAGGCUGGAUGCUGGGUCAGGAUCUCAUGCAGAUUCCGUGUUUGUCCUAUGGAUGUCUGCAGGGCUGUGUACAGACAAGCCACGGCAGUGGGCACAGCCCCAGGACAGGACCGCUGGGUUGCUGGGACAAGGCUUUGUGGUGGAAGCGGAUGUGGCUGGUGGCCAGUGGCCCUGCAGUGGUCAUCUCCAUAGUUGCACUCCUGAAGGCCCUGCCUCUCUGAAUGUCCCUGCAGGCCUGGCUCCUGACCUGGGGCAGUGUGGGGUCCAUGGCCCAGCAUGUGCCCUCUGGUCUUGUGUUGGGGCACAGCCAUGUAGCUUAGGAGAGUCCCAGCUCUGGCACAUGGUGGGGCUGUGCUCGCUUUGCAGAGGGCUGAGUUCCUCUGGCUCGGGUCAUAUAUGAAGCACAAAAUCAGUUUUUUAUAUUUAUACUCACAGGCAUAAUUUUUAUAUUAACACCAUCUCCCAGUAAACCAAGAUGUGUUUGGUUGAAGCUGUUUUAAAUACAUGUUGACUGGAAGCUGGAGUCUUUAUUUGUUCCUAGUCAGUUUCUCCCGGGUCAGUGAGUAACAACUCCAGCACCCACCCAACAGAUCCUCUGUUACAAGGGGCCUGGAAAGCAGCAGCCACACACCAGGGGGUAGUUUCGGAAGAAGACCCUAGAGUUAGGAGUGAUGCAGAUGCCUGGGAAGCCCUGCCUGCCCCCGCAGAGGGCGGGCAUUGGACGGGUGCCUGAGGAGCUGGUCCCUUCACCUCUACAGAGGUGGGGCACUCCGGCAAGGAUCAGAUUUUCCCCACACCAGUCACCCUGCCAGGAGCUCUACCUGAACUGUCACCUUUUAUCAUCUCUUCAGCCCAAUGAGGUGGAGCAGCCUGUGGUCUGGCUGCCCUUCAGGAUGCCCUGAGGGAGCAGGGUGGGCGGUGCUGAGACCUCCUUCUCGGCCCCAUUCUUGAGCCACUUUUAAGCUGAAAGCUCCAGAGAAUGCCCUCUCUUCUUGAACAUUCAGGUCUUUUAGAAAAUGAAACCCAGACCAUAGCCAGUCUUAGGCCCACAACUUGGCCUGAGGGGACAUCGCUCCGACAUCCCAGAUCCCUGGGACAAGCGUUGCAGGCCUAAAUGCCGAGAGGCUUUGGUCCCUUCUGAAAUGUUUUCAAAAGUCUAGAAUGAAUGUGUUGAGGUAUUGUUGCUGUAAUCUGAGGUUAAUUAAAUAUAGGAGGACUCACAGAAGGGCACUGCACACGAGAGAGUAGAACACAUCCAGGCUGUAGGACCAGGAAGAAGGAGCCUCUUUAGAGAGCUCUGUGGACACUCCCACAGCUGACGCCACGGUGUUCCGGGGCCUGGCUCCUGGGUGAGCCAGGAGGGGGCCGAGGCUGUCACGGGAGGGUCACGUGGGUGUCAGGAUGUGGGCUCAGGUGUCCUCUGAGGACAGUGGAGGCCCCGGAUGAAUGUAGUGAAUGUGGGGGAGGAGUGGGGAGAUCCAUGAUGGGAAAAGUCCCUUCAGUUCCAGUGAAAACACGAGGCUGGGAUCAGACCAGAAGCUGGUUGUUCCAUGAAGCAGGGCGAAAAGAAUCCCAUGUUGUCCUGAGCCUGGAAUUCCUCCCAGGGGAACAGCUGUGACUGCGUAGAGCACAUGCUAAUGUACCUGUUUGAUUCUGAAGACCAGGGCCUCCUUGAUCCCGUGAUGCACUGGAGUUAAGCUAAAGUGUUGUCCAUGAAGAAGCUUGCAGGCCAUUGAGAGUUCUCUCCUGUCGCAGUGUAGGUGGCAGACGGUUUCUCUAGCUCCCUCCGGCUGGGAUCCAGGCGCAGCCCAUCUUGCACCUUUCCUGGGGAGAACCCCAGCCUGCUUGCUGCCAACCCCUCCCUGCCCCUGCUGUCUGCCUGUCCCGUCCUGUCCCACCGGCUGCUCUCAGCUUUGUCUCCACCAGGCAGCCUCAUGUAAACAACCACCAGGGCCUGAGCCCUGGCUGGUGCCUCCUCUCUGGGCUUUGCACGUGUUUGCAAGGCAUCUAGAGCCCACUGCCCCAGAGAAGUGGACGCUUAGGCUCUGUGAGAAGCCUGUGCACUUGGUCAACAUCCCUGCUUUGAUGGACACUCAUCCCCAGGAAGCCUGGUCGGGAGCUGCAGCCACACCUGGUCCCUUCCUUUGCUCUGUCCUACUGGGUCUUACCUUGCCGUCCUCCCUCCCAAUGUAGCCAUGGAAACUCCUCAGGAGAGUCAUUCUAGUCCAGGUGGAGGCAGGGAUAAAGCAAAUCCUGGGCUUUCUCACCCCCAGCUCCUGGAUGUUCCCUGCCGCUUCAGGAGAGCUGGGGUUUGUUUUAAAUACCAGCCCCAUUUGUAACCCAUACACUCCACACUUCAGCCCCUGCUCAAAAGCCACACAGAGGUCAGGAAGACUUUUCAUCUGUAUCUGAGCCAAAAAUCAGCAACUUUGACAAUGUGGACCCAACAAUGUGGGCCCAGACUAAACCCAUAAGAUGACAGCAAGCCAGAGGAGGUCUCUCCUGCCUCACCCAGAGCCUCUGCUUGACGGUACCUGCAGGUAGGUUUGCCAGAUAAAAUAUAAGAUGCCCAACGACACCUGAACUUCAGAUCAACAAUGAAUAAUUUUUUAGUAUAAGUACGUCCCAAAUGUUGCAUACUUACAGUAAAAAAUUCUUUGUUCCCUUGUGCCCUGUUGGUGGGAUUAUAAACUGGUAAAUGGGUCUAGCCACUAUGGGUAACAGUAUGGAGGUCCCUCAAAAAUUUAAAAACAGAACUACUAUAUGAUCCAGCCGUCCCAGUUUUGGGUAUAUAUCCAAAGGAAAUGAAAACAGGUUUUCAAGGAGAUAUCUUCACUCCCAUGUUUAUUGCAGCAUUAUUCACAAGGAUGGAAACAACCUAAGUGUCCACUGAUACAUGAAUGGAUAAAGAUGUGGUGUAUACAUACAACGGAAUAUUAUUCACCCACGAAAAAAAGGAAAUCCUGUCAUUUGCAGCAACAUGGAUAGUCCUUGAGGACAUUAUGCUAAGUGAGAUAAGUCAGACAGAGAAAGACAAAUAUUAUAUGACAUCCACCCUUUUUGGUGUGUGGCAGAAAAGGCAGUCAGAACAUUCCAGACAAGAGAAGAAUCAUGCUCAGAGGAAGAGCGCCGUGGAAAGCACCCCUCAGUUCUGUGAACUUGGAACACCCUCUUAGAAGCUGGAGAAGGAGAGUGGUGGAACACAGGAUGAAGAAGGCGGUAAGGCCAGGUAAAUAAUUAAUUAGUCAUUUUAUUAGAAUUUUUAUGACAUACUUUAAUAUAUUGGCAUUAAGCCAUGUGAGUGACUUAAGUUAAACAGGUGACUUAAAAGAUUAAAUAAAAUACCCCGUGAUACUCUUUCAUGUUUUUAAGUAAAAAUAAUAUCUGAACCAGUGUUAAUUUCUUGAUUUUGAUGGUUAUAUUGGAAAACAUCUUCAUAUGGAAUAUAAACUAAUAUACCAGGGUGAUGGAGUGUCAUGUUUGCAACCUACUCUCAUAGGUUCAGAAAAAAAUUUGUAGUGCACCUGCCUCUUUCUUGUAGGUUUGUUAUUACUUCAAAAUAAUAAUUUCAAAGAACCCCAGAAAACCAUGGCUCAGGAAGUUAUAUAACCUGACCUAGGCCACAGGGAUAACAAGUGGCAGCUCCAAAGUGCAGCUCAGGUGUGUCUGACUCCUUAGUCCACACCCUUCCCCACCAGCCAUGGCCCGGACCUCCAGGCUGCCUCCCCCCAGACCCUUUAAAAUCUGCCCAAGAAGACCCCUGCUCCCAUUCCUUCACCUGCAGAACCGCAUUGCCUCCAAGCCGAGUUGUGGUCCUUAAGCUGGAGCUGCUCCCCAGUUGACCCAACCCUGCGCUGGCCCUGGCUCCCCAUCCUGUGCCUGACAGGGUCGCAGGGCACGUGACAGGCGGCAGCAGGGCAGCUGAAAGCACUCAGGGCUCCAGCGAGGCUCUGACAGGCUCCCUGCUCCUGGGAAAGGGAUUCCAUUAGCUGAGCUCCCGCUCUCCCUGAGGAUCUCAAGAUUUUUCAGACCACUCACAGGUAAGCAUGGCGAUUUCUUCCUGUCUCUGUUCCCCAUCGUUACCAUCCCUAUGUUAGAGAUUCCCUCCUCAUCAAGUGGCUUGAAGAGGGAAUCUUAUCAAUUAAGGCUUCACGUGUCAUUCCACUACUUAAAGAAACCACCACUGCAGGUCGUCAGACAUCACCAAGGCCGAGACAGAAACUGCUGUCCUCCUGUGACCUUCCAGCCCCCGCCCUGCUUCCCCACCUCUGAGCCUGCCGGGGCGGAGGGCUGGGGAACCCGCCCAGGGUUCACCUGUACCGGGGAACCAUGCUCCGUCAACUCAGCUGCAGGCCCCGGAAGCAAGAGCUGGGGGCUCAGUGGGGAGCCACGCCCCAUGACAGUUUGUUCCAGCUCACCCUGACCACCCUUUGGCUUCAGACGUGACCUCUGCACACUCUGGAGCCCUAUGGACACUUCCAAGAGCCAAAGAGGCUCUGGAGCUGGAAUGGCCCCAGGAGGAAGCCCUGUAUGUCACUGACCUGCCUCUUUGCUCCCCUGGGAAAAGAGUCCAGCCCUGGUAUGUUCUCUCCAGCUGGCGGGCUUUCGGGGGAUCGUGAUUCUGGGGCUGCGAACAUGUCACGAGCCAGGACCGGGAGGCCAAGGCCCAGGAGGGAGAGGGCUCCCUUUGCCACGUGGCUCCAUCGGUUCCCGUAUAAGCGCUCUCGUUCUUCACUGCUUUGGGGAAAGUGGGUGGAGGGAGAGUGGGUGGCCUCCGGUCCGUGGGAAUUGUCCCUUCUUACCGAUCUGGAGUUUCUCUUUAGUGGGUUUCCUAAGUGGCCCUCCAGCUGAGUGCCCUGUGGGGAAAAGUACUGGGUAAACAAGAUGACAGCUUCCUGCCUGGCUGUCCUGGAGUAGAGGCCCUUGUGGCAGGCCCCUCCCUGGGCUGGAGAGGAAGCCUGGUAGCCUACGGUCAGUAUAAAUGUUGCUGUCCACCUCGCCACCUGGAGGCAGAUCUGGAGGCAGAGAGCCACAUAGGCUCUGUUCGUGUGGGUGAGUUUAGCCCCAUCCCCUGGGUCUUUCCCAGGGUUGCAGCAGCAUGAAGCAGCCCAGCAGCCACAGGCUUCACUAUGGGUCAGGCAGGGAAGGAGGGGCCCUCCCUGGGUACCACUGGGACUUGUUCCACAGAACCCUAACUAUGGGUACAGGAAGGUGGGCUUGCGAAUAUCCUCAUACUUCACUGUGCGCCUGGGCCGGGCCCAUUGGCCCCAGGGAUUCAGCAGGGCCUGCAGGGUGGAGGCAGGGGGAGAAACAGCCUGCCAAAGAGAAAGUCCCGAGAAAGCAGGGAGGAGGGGACUCCCUAUCACUGACCACCGUGGGGUGGCCAAGACGUGGGCCCUGGUCAUCUCUGCUCAUCCUCAGGAUCAUGAUCCCUUAGAACUCAAGAGCAACGGGUAGCUGAGAGGAUGAGGGACAGAUGGAGCGAGUGGAUGUUGACCACAUCCUUCCUCCCAACAGCCUGGGAGGGACAGGCCAGGAUUGCCUCCAGGACAGAAGUUUCAGCUGAAGCCAAGAGAGGUGAAGUGAGUUCCCCACGGUCACACAGCGAGGAACAGAGACUCCAUUAGAACCGAGGUCCUCUGACUCUCCAGAGCUCUUUACCACUGCUCACCUGCCCAGAAGGAGCCGCUGGAGCAGGCACCAUGCUGCUGUGCUCUUUGACCCUCACCCUCAUCUGGAUGGUGGUUUCUGGCCUUGAGUACAACAUGAAGGAAGUUUGUCUUGGAAGCCCUGGCACCCCUGGUACUCCUGGAUCCCAUGGCCUGCCAGGAAGAGAUGGGAGAGAUGGCAUCAAAGGAGACCCUGGACCUCCAGGCCCCAUGGGCCCCCCUGGAGGAAUGCCAGGCCCCCCUGGGCGUGAUGGGAUGACUGGAGCCCCUGGCCUCACUGGAGAGCGUGGAGAAAAGGGAGAGCCUGGUGAGAGGGGUCCUCCAGGGCUUCCACCUUAUCUAGACGAGGAGCUCCAGAGCACACUCCUUGAGAUCAACCAUCAAAUCCUGAAGAUGAUGCGCGUCCUCAGUCUGCAGGGGUCCAUGCUGGCAGUGGGAGAGAAGGUCUUCGCCACCAGUGGGCAGUUGGUCAAUUUUGAUGCCAUUAGAGAGUCGUGUGCCAGAGCAGGUGGACGCAUUGCUACCCCAAGGAGUCUAGAGGAGAAUGAGGCCAUUGCAAACAUCGUGAAGAAGCACAAUACUUAUGCUUACCUGGGCCUGACUGAGGGUCCCACUGCUGGAAACUUCCGCUACGUGGAUGGAACCCCUGUGGAUUACACCAACUGGUACCCAGGGGAGCCCGGGGGUUGGGGCGAAGAGAAGUGUGUGGAGAUGUACACAGAUGGCCGGUGGAAUAACAAGAACUGCCUGCAGUCCCGACUGGCCAUCUGUGAGUUUUGAGCAGGCACCACGGCCACAGGAUGGAGAGGGUCCUGCCUUGCCUUUCAGCCCACGUCCUGGGGAAUCCACCUGGUCUAUGAGGUGCUGUAACACCUUUGUAGCUAUAAGAGUUGGAGGUAUCUUAGCCACGGCACUCCCCGCUGGGCCCUGACUCCUCCCCCUUGAUUACUAAUCAGUCUGACUCCCCCCGGAGCCCCUUCUCAGCUUUGCACUCUAGACAGCCACUCUAACUUCGCCCUUUGGCAAGAGAGGGAGGCUUCUUUCUUCCUCUUCUUGUCCAACUCCUUCAUUUAUAGAUGGCAACAGUGAAGUCCUGGGAUGGAGGUUCCCUCCAAAAGCACACACAGGGUGCCUGCUUCCUGGCCCCUCUACUCUUUCUUUGCAGCCCACUGCCUGCCCAGCCUUAUCAAGAUUUAGCAGUGCUGCUCAAGCAUAAUGAUAGAUGGGUGGACUUCUGGGAAAUUCCAAAUGUGUGGAGCUAAGGAUACAUUCGGGAUUAUCUGGCAGCCUGAGGUCUGUGGGGCACAUCUGCUCAGGCUCUCCAUGAGGUCAGAGGGCUGGGUGGUGCCCCAGCAUGGAGGAGGCCAACCCACCCCUAGUGAUUGGCAUGUAUUAUCCACUCCCUUGACUCUGGGGGUACCAACUCAACUCCCUGACCUAAAAGCAGCCAGCCUAUGCCUCUAGGGAAGAUCUCACUCCCACCUCAGGCAUUACCCAAGUAACUUCCUGCUGAUGAACACAUCCCCACCACUUCAGACCUCAGUGAGGUGUUUAUUGAGCAUAUACUAUAUACCAAGCACCUUGACAAGCACUUCUAAGACAUCUUAUAAACUAUGACUUAAUCUUCACACAGUGCCAUGGAACGAGCAUUAUUUUCCCCAUUUUUUAUACAAGAACACUGAAACUUAAAGAAGUUAAAUGUUUUGAGUUUUGUUACACGGAGCAAGUGACAGAGGCUGUUUUCAAACCCAUCUACCUGAACCUGAAGCUUAUGCUCAUCACCACCCCAUCCUCUCACUGAGCAGAGAUGAUUCAAGUGUAAUAAAUCAUGAAUAUGUUAA